AUGUUUAUUUUUAUCCAUUCCAAGAUCGACGGAUUGUGCAAGGACCUUCUAGACCGAAAAAAUUGGUUUGAUCCUUCGUUUUGGCCUUUUUUGUCAUGUAUCAGCGAGAAUACAAUCAGAGUUACGGCCAGGAUGGAUCAUAUAACCAGUAUCAUGGAAAUUAUGGAGGCUACAAUUCGUACGCGCCUCCUUCACCUCGAAUUGUGUUGGAUGAUUAUAACAGUGAUCUAAACUUUGUGGUUGAUCCUGGUGGUGUGACAGGAUCCAGUUUGCACGAGAAUGGCUUUGAAUAUAUGUGGGCUGGAGCGAGGGCAACUCACGGUGUGCGGGCUGGCAAGGUCUGCUUUGAAGUUCGUGUGCUUGAAAAACUGCCAGUAACAAUGCCAGAAACAGAAACAAAGCCACAUGUUGUGAGGGUUGGAUGGUCUGUAGAUGAGGCAAACCUGCAGGUCGGAGAAGACAAGCUGUCAUACGGUUAUGGUGGCACAGGCAAGGUCUCUGUAAACAACAACUUCUUUGACUAUGGUGAGCCAUACUCUACUAAUGACACCAUUUGCUGCUGUGUCGACCUCGAUGCCAAUCCCAAAGUUGUGCUUUUCACCAAAAAUGGAAAGGACCUAGGUGUGGCUUUCCGUCUUGGUGCUGAGGCAAGUGAAAAGGCCUUUUUCCCUCAUGUCACUGUCAAUAACAUGCGCCUUACAAUCAAUUUUGGUCAGCAUGAACCAUACUUUCCGCCCCUCCAGGGAUUCAGCUUCUUGUCAAGGCUGCCACCGCAAUGUUUGCAAAGUGGCUCCGCAGGUCCAGUGUCAAGGAGUGAUUGUGAAGUUAUCAUGAUGGUGGGCCUUCCAGCCGCCGGUAAAACCGUCUGGGCCGAGAAAUACGCCCGCGAUCAUCCAGAGAAGAAGUUCUGCAUCCUUGGGACAAACUCCAUCAUGGACAAGAUGAAAGUUAUGGGGUUGAUGCGUAAACGAAAUUAUCACGGACGGUGGGAUGCGCUCAUUAAACAGGCCACUGAUAUCCUGAAUAAAACAUUUAAAAUUGCCGAGCGGAAGAAUCGCAAUUAUAUCCUGGAUCAGACCAAUGUGUAUUUCAGUGCUCGCAGAAGGAAGAUGAAUAACUUCCGUGGGUAUCGCAGGAUUGCGGAUGUUGUUGUUAACACAAACGAAGUUUUGAAAGAGCGAGCUUUGAAGAGUGAGCAGGAGGAGGGUAAGGUUGUGCCAGAAUCGGCGGUCAUGGAGAUGAAAGCGAACUUUGUGCUACCUGAAGUCGAUGAGAUUUUCGAGGAUGUGUGGUAUAUUGAAGAAGACAAAAACAAUUCAGAACUCCUUGUAGCCGAGUUUCAAUCUGAUGGUAAGGCGUUUAAGGAAAAUGAGAAUAAAAGAAAACCAGAGGAGAUUCAAUGUCCAUCCUCGGAUGUCAAGCGAUACCGUGCCGUCCAGCAAGGAUCCUCUAUGCCUUUGCCAAGUGGAUCAAGAGGCCAGUACCCAGCUCAUAACGACCGUGGAGGCUUCCAGGGGAAUUAUCAUUCGAGAGGGGCCUCCAGCAAUGUGCUUGGUCGUGUUUAUCCACCGAGGAGCCAAGGAGCACCUGGAAGACCCUCUACAGAUUUUGGACCUCCCCUGGGACACACAAAACCAAGAGACCGAUACAGAAAGUAUCGCGGUGGUCCUCCUCAGGGGUACAGUGAGCAUUGGCGUCCCCGUGAACCAUACGAACCUGGGCCUCAGAAUAGGGGCAUUGAUUAUGGACCUUCUUAUAGACAGCAAGAAGGCUACGGGGGUAACUAUGGUCACAAUCAGGGACCUUCGCAUGACUAUUCUCCAUAUCAAACGCCCAGCAAUGACGACGCUAGAUACAACCAAUCAGCGCCUGCAUACGGUCAGCAUUAUGGGCAUUAUUACGGUAGCCAAAAUAGCGUACAACUUAAUCCCAGGGAUCGUGGAUUUUAUGGGAGGGGAGGGCAGGUAACCCAGGGAGGAAGAACGGAUCAAAAUAGUUAUGGCGGUGGUUAUUAGACUUUCCUGUUACUAAAUGUACUUGAAGCACUGCAAACGAAAGCUGCGCGGUGACAGUGUUAAUGGUUUAUCUUUAAUAGAAAAGUUUUAAAUUGGAUAGUAUUUUUUUGGCGAGCCUUACGUAACCGAAUAGGGAAUUCUUUUUAGAUCGACUAGUAUUAAGUUUUAAAAGAUUUUACUUCUUAGUGGAUUUUACGGAUCGUUGUGCUACAUUUGACUCUGUUUUUCAACCAACAACUUUAACAUUUAUAUUGCGCAAAAUACAUGUGAUAUAUGAUCAAAUGCGUGUUUACGUUGCUUACAACUUAAUAGAAAAACAUUGUAGGUUUUAAUCACUAACAAAUGUGACAAUCACCUGACUCCCAGAAGUGACCAAGGAGUAACUUCUCCUUACGAUAUCAAUACGCUAUCGAGCAGACUAGUUAUGAGAAUAUAGAAAAGUAUCGACCAACCGAUAUAGUUUGAUUAAAAACAUAUUUCUUAGAGAUACGAGUGUAAGAAAUGUAUGGUAGAUAGAUCAUGGCAGUGAAGGGGUUAAUUCUUACGUACGAAUUCCUCUGUUGGAAAUUUCCUGUCAAAUUCUCGCUGACUAUUUGGAGUACCGACUUCAGCUCAAUUGCCAAAAAAUAGGGACCGUAAGCAGUCAGAACUGCAAAGCUGCGGAUGACGUCGAUCUAAAAAAUUAAUUAAUUUACAUUCUUAUUUCCAGCCAUUUUCGCAAAUGGCUGGACGUAUCUAUUGUCUUUUACGGCGUUGAUUCCUCGUGACCUGCUUACGGAGUGAUGUUAAAGGGAGUCUAACUCUUCUUGCUUGCUUGCUUGCUUUGGGAAUGACAGCGUCGUGAUUGGCAUGAAUACUUACGUCGCCAUUCUCAUCGCAUUGCUGUCAUUCCCAUCGCAUGGUGUGACCGCAUGAAAGCGUGACUUUUUCCAACACAGCGUGACAGCAUAACAUUCCAUGACCGUCAUCCCUGAAGCAGGUCACGUCGAAUAAGAUUCCGACAGAUUCGGUCUUCGUGCACUGCCAUGUUCGACAUCGACCAUGUGACCUCAAAUACUUGCAUCUGGUUGGUUGGGGGAUAUAUUAGUGACUAUACUACGUUCGAUUUUCUUUUCUUUCCUGUUAACAUUUAAAGUCAGAAAUAUCGAUCUCAAAGCGAACUCUUAAACGAGCAGGGUAGCCGGGUCAAUUUUAUUUUAUAAACUAACGUGGUAAUUCGUUACAGGUUACAAUAAAUAUUCGUAAGUGUUAUGGACUUUUCUUGUUAUAAGUUGUUGUAAUCGUCAUUAAGUGUCGCUGCAUCAGAGACACUUUUCUCCAGACGUGGCAAGUGUUCCCCUUUCCGUCUGUCCUUUUCUCGUUUAAAUUUAAAUAAAGGCUAUCGAAAAUAA